UGAUUUCAUAUAUAUGAACAAUUAGAUUUGAUGAUGUAAGGUAUUUCAUUAUAAAGGCAUCAAGUAGAUGCAAAGUUACAUAAGCUGAAAACAAAAGUGUAAAUAAGAGUUUGUAGGUCCCUAUACGAUGUGUCAAUCUAUGAAUAGGGAUCUUAGAGCUAACAAAUUUCAAAAAUUGGUUAGUGCUAAUUACAGGGGUUAACUUAAACCAGCUAAAAAGACAAAGUAGACACUUAGCUUUGAGGAGGAGUUUGGAGUUGAGAUUCCAUCAGAACAUCUUCCGUUUCUUUCAGUCCACAAAUACCAAAAAAUAACUGCAGAUCAUCUACCGUAACUUCUUGAUGGCCUUACCCCUAAUCUAUCUUGCUGUUUGCUUAGUUUGCUUUCUCACGAUGUUCCUGAGGGUGGUGAAAUUAAAGCACAUAGUUUUAAAAUAGGUAAAUUGAAGCACAUAGUUUUCAACAUCAGCUGUCAACAAUUACAUGAGUAGCUGCCUCUUUCCACAUAAUGCCCCAUAUUUGUGCAAAAAGGAUGGUAUAACUCUGCAGUGUCCACGGGUGAAAGAGACUCCUUCCUUGUGGGAGAAUCCUUAUUCAGCAACAACCUCAUGGAAGCCUUGUGCGGAGCGACGUGAGGGUUUGAUAUCAGAUAUUCCGCCUGAGAAUGCCACAAACGGUUAUAUAUUCAUACAUGCUGAGGGUGGUUUAAACCAGCAAAGGAUCGCUAUAUGCAAUGCUGUUGCAGUGGCCAAAAUUAUGAAUGCUACUCUUAUUUUACCAGUAUUAAAGCAAGAUCAGAUAUGGAAAGAUCAAACGAAAUUUGAGGACAUAUUUGAUGUAGAUCAUUUUAUUAACUAUCUGAAGGAUGAUGUCCGAAUUGUUCGCGAUAUCCCAGAGUGGUUUACUGACAAAAAUGAGCUGUUCACAAGCAUAAGGCGUACAGUCAAGAACAUUCCCAAGUACGCUUCAGCAGAGUUCUACAUAGAUAAUGUUUUGCCUCGCGUCAAGGAGAAGAAGAUAAUGUCACUGAAACCUUUUGUCGAUCGACUUGGGUACGAUAAUGUUCCUCCAGAGAUAAACAGGCUGAGGUGCAGGGUCAACUAUCAUGCUCUGAAGUUCCUUCGUGAGAUUGAGCAGAUGGCUGAUCAACUCGUUUCAAGGAUGAGAAACCGUACUGGUAGUUCAAAUCCUUUCAUGGCUCUUCACUUGAGGUUUGAGAAAGGAAUGGUGGGUCUAUCAUUCUGUGAUUUUGUUGGAACACGGUCGGAGAAAGCUCUCAUGGCGGCAUACAGAAAGAAAGAAUGGCCUCGGCGGUUUAAGGAUGGUUCCCAUUUGUGGGCAUUGGCUCUGCAAAAGCGUAAGGAAGGACGAUGCCCUCUUGAGCCUGGUGAAGUAGCCGUGCUGCUUCGGGCCAUGGGUUAUCCUAAAGAAACUCAAAUAUAUGUUGCUUCUGGACAGGUCUAUGGUGGACAAAACCGCAUGGCACCGCUGAGGAACAUGUUCCCAAAUCUGGUUACAAAAGAGGAACUAGCUACAAAACCAGAAUUGGAUGGCUUCAAGAAGCAUGUGACAAGCUUGGCAGCCCUAGACUUCCUAGUCUGCUUAAAGUCUGAUGUAUUUGUGAUGACACACGGAGGAAACUUUGCCAAACUGAUCAUAGGAAAUCGUAGGUACAUGGGUCAUCGUCUAAAAUCCAUUAAGCCGGACAAGGGUCUGAUGUCCAAAUCCCUAGGAGAUCCAUAUAUGGGAUGGGCUGGCUUUGUGGAAGAUGUUGUCCUAACCCACCAGACCAGAACUGGUUUACCUGAAGAAACAUUUCCAAAUUAUGAUCUUUGGGAGAAUCCUUUGACCAAUUGCAUGUGUAAAGCCUGAAUUGACAACCUUUACUGUGAAGAUAAGCCCUUUAAGUAGUGCAUCUUUCUAGAGUUGUGCACAGGGAACUGCGAAAUUUUCGCCGUUAACAGAGACAGAAUUACAACACAAUUUACACAUGGUAUCCCAGAAUGAGGAGAAUGUUGUAGUCUCUGAGGGGAUAAGUGUAUUAACACAGGAGUCGCAGAAACUGGCUUUAGGAGUGGGCUCUCUAGCUGCUGCCCUGUAUUGACCACCUGUGUUAUUAUCUUCUUUCUUUGGGCGCGGACACCACUGCAGUUUUGUAUUCUGGAGUAUUAAUUUAUUCUCCAAUUGUUUCAUGAUAUAAUGUAUAUUAUUUGCAGUAAUAGAAAAAGGUUCUUUCAUUUCAUUUGAAUACAAACCAGAUUUCAUGCA